CAACACACGUCCCGGGCCUCCGGGGAGCCAGUUUGGUUCCCAGUUUGGAACGAUGUUUCGCUUGAAUCUGAUGUGUUUGGUGGCACUGUGCACGUGCUCAGCGCGUGAGCCACCCAUCUUAACCAUCCCCAACCAAGGUCAGCUCCAGGGGAUGGAGAUGUCUUUGAUACGAACCCAAAGGAUAAUCGCAUACCUGGGUAUACCAUACGCUCAUCCGCCGCUGAAUCAGCUUAGGUUCGCGCCUCCUCAGAUAGAUCCCAUACCAUCAUGGGAAGGAGUCUACGAUGCUACGAAGUUCAAGGAUCCGUGCCUUCAGACGGAGAAGGACUACAAGCAACAGGAGAUACCGUUCCUGAACUUGUUCUCUCAGCUGUCCUUCAACAUCAGCGAGGAUUGUCUGUAUCUAAACGUGUUCGUGCCAUACGGUAAUCCGCCACCAGAAGGUUUCGCGACGAUCAUCUGGUUCCACCCGGGAAACUUCACCACAGGAAAUCCUGGCAUGUGGAACCCGCAUACACUGAUCUACAAGCAGAGAGUGAUUGUGGUCACCUUCGCGUGGCGCUUAAACAUAAUGGGUUUCCUGACUACGAUGGAUGGCGAGGCGCCCGGAAACUUUGGAUUGAUGGACCAGCAGGCAGCUAUGAUGUGGGUCAAAAGCAACAUCCAGAUAUUCGGUGGUAACGCGGAUAACAUCUGUUUAAUGGGAUAUGGUACAGGAGCUAUGAGCAUUGCUAUUCAUAUGAUAAAUCCACAAUCAAAAGGACUCUUCCAUAAGGUGAUAUCGAUGAGCGGAAACUUCAUGAAUUCUGCUGCAGUAAAGAACCCAGCUGAAGAUAAAACUGUCCUCGAUGACCUGGCUGCUUCCUUCGCGUGCUACAGAACGCCUACUUCCUCUCUAAUGGAAUGCUUAAGAAGACUAGAUGGAGCAUCCUUAGUAAGCCAUACAUCGUAUGUGAACUGGAGACCAGUUAUUGAUCUAGGUUUAAGCAACAGCUCGGAACCCUUCCUAAGAGAAUCGCCUCGAGCGCAUUUCGAGCGCGGAGACUUCAAUAAAGUACCUGUCUUAACCGGUUAUACCAAUAUGGAGGAUAUACUGUCAAUUGAUGGUUUGAACGACGAAAUAGAAGAUGAAAAGAUACUAACAGUUUUGAACGAAAUCGUCAACAGAGAUUUGCCAGUCAUAAACAACACGGAUAGCUGCAUUUACAACUAUGAUCACAUCAUGGAUUCAGUUAUGUUUUUCUACGGUCCGAGCGUUCCAUUGAAUAAUACCCAGAAAGCAAGACAAUUAAUUGCUGAUUUUAAUACGGAAAAGUAUUACGGAUCUUCUACAUACUUGCACGCCUUCAUCACAAGCAAAGAUCAACCAACCUACAUGUAUCGCUUCGAUAUGAAGCCAAGCACUGAAGGAGUCACUGGUAAUAUACCUAAAUGGGUGUCCGUUCCCCAUCUGUACGAUUUAAUAUACAUAUGGGGUAUUCCCUACUGGAUCGCUCUUCCAAAACAGGAAUGGGACCUAAGGGACAAACGAACAUCAGAUAUUAUUAUGUCCUUCUGGACGAACUUUGCGAAAACUUCUGAUCCUACCGAAGGAAGCAUAUUUCCUAUUAAAUGGGAUCCCUUCACCAAGGACGAUCCAGGGAUUCUUAUCAUCGACAGGACUUUCAACAUGAGCGACCAAACAAGACUAAACUACAAGUCUUUUAAAUUCUGGAACGAGUACUAUCCGAAAGUAAUUGAACUAGCUACGCAAUGCUGCAAUGCUACAGAUUCCGCACCUAUAAUCCAUAGAAGUUACUCACUUUAUACAAUUUUCUUGCCCUACAUUAUAUUACUAUUUGCUUGGUAAAAUAACCAACUACUCUGUACAUAACAAUAAAAAGUGCCCUUAU